AUGGCCAAGGAUAUCUCGAACCUGCUGCCAGGUAUUUACAUCAAUAACCCAGGCUACUCCCUCAAAUGCCACGAUUAUAUUGUAUUUCUGAGCCAGAAGCCCCAGCCGCUUCAGGUUGGCUGCGAUUUUGAGUGGGUCCGCGAUCUGGAGCCGAAGCUCGGCCUCUUGGAGGCGCACCUCAACAUCCUCCUCUUUCGCAAGCCCAUCGAAGGCUCCAAAGGGGUUCAGCGUAACGAUGUCCAACGACAGAGCACUUGCGCUCUUGCGAAUGUCCAGGGCCGCAGCGCGCAAACGGUCGGCACGAGACUUGUGACUGGCAAACUUUUCAGACUCGGAAUGGCUUUCGAGGCAUUCCAUGACAAGUUCGAUGCCGUCAAAGCCAUGUCGCUUCGCAACUUCCAGCUUCACAGCUAUACCAUGACCAGCUCUUGA